AUGGGCAUUGGACACUCAAUUCAGGCUAAAAAGUUGUCUCCUCGAUAUAUGGAUCCUUUUGAGCUGAAGAAGUACCAGCCAGACCCGUCGCAUAUGAUAGAACCUGAGGAGGUCCCAAACUCGUUGAGCGAGGCAAAAAUUGCAGAUGAUGACAAGGGGACUAUUUAUGUAACAAGCAUCAGCCAUCCAUGGUAUGCUGAGCAGUUUAAAGAAGAUUUUAAAUUAUUUUUAAGAUCACGUUCCAAGGAAUUGGUGCCUGAAGGUGGAAUGCUCCUCACAUUCACUGGCAGAUAUGAUACUUCAGAAAGAAUUACUGCUCUGGGGCUCAUUCGUACGAUACUUAAUCAUAUGGUUGCAGAGAAUUUGAUUGAAGAGAAGUUGGAGCUUUUCCAGGUGCCGAAUUAUCAUGCUAGGGCUGAUGAAGUUAUGAAAAUAAUAGAAGGGUCUUUCAGUGUUAAAAGACUUGAGAGCAUCAAAACAGGCUGGGACGGAUCAAUUCUAGAUGAAGAAGACACUGACAGUUCUAAGGAUGACAAUGAUAGAGCAAAGUCUGUGGUCAAACUCAUAGAAUCUAUCUUUGGACCUCUUCUAAGGGCCCAUUUUGGAAAGGGAAUCAUGGAUAAUUUCUUCCUUAGGCUUCAGAAAAUUGGUGUUUCCAACUUUGGCUAA